AUGGAGAAAUUUGGAUUAGAAACGAGUCCACGAAUCGAUCCAUCACACAGUGCGUUUCCAAUGACGAUGUAUUCAACAGUUGAUCUGACUCCUGUCAUUCAACGACUUCUGCUUGAAAUGAACACUGAAGAAGGAGCUGAAGAAGGAGCUGAAGAAGGAGCUGAAGAAGGAGCUGAAGAAGGAGCUGAUGAAGGAGCUGAUGAAGGAGCUGAUGAAGGAGCUGAUGAAGGAGCUGAUGAAGGAGCUGAAGAAGGAGCUGAAGAAGGAGCUGAAGAAGGAGCUGAAGAAGGAGCUGAUGAAGGAGCUGAAGAAGAGCUAGGCACAACUCCAAUGCUUGAUGUGGUUGCGCUUUCGGAGUGCGGAGAACUGAUCGCUGGGACGGCGACUCAAGAAGUGAAAUUAGAAGAAGGACUGACGAUUUUCAAUCCAUUACCCAAUGAACCAUCUUGCUCAAGGCCUCAUUCUGAAUCGGAUCAUUCCAAUCGCAAACGUAUCUUUGAUAAACCCUGUGCAAUUUGUCAUGGACUAGCAUCUGGCUAUCAUUAUGAGACUCCAUCUUGCAACUCAUGUAAAACUUUCUUCCGACGAACAGUCAUCUCAGCGAAGAAUUACAAAUGUAUUAAAGGAGAUGGACGAUGUCUAUCGAGUGGAAAAAUACCAGCGAAAAUCAAAUGUCGACAAUGUCGUUUUCUUAAAUGUAUCCAACAAGGAAUGAGACCGGAAACUGUUUCUACAUCAAAAGACGGUAUCUCUACACCGAUCAAGAAUGAACUUCAACAAUACUCUCCAGCUGAAAGUCCAAGCUCUUCAUACAUCACCGAACCAAGCACAAGUCCUCAAAUCGACAUCAUCGUCUAUACUCAUUGCAUUUCAGCGCUUGGAGAUAUUGAUGACAGAAUUCGGUUACUUCGUCACAGUGAUUUUGACCCAUUCAAAUCAGAGACUGGAUUGGUGACUUUAUUGAAUCAACCAUCUCUUCUCGAUCAAGUCAACAAGUUCAAACAAGUGAGCAACUGGUUGACGCAUCCACGAAUCUCUCCAUCAAGGGGGCCAUGUCUUGAAUCUCCAUCUUGUCGAGAUCUCUCCGAAUGGCUUUGUCUAGAUUUAAUCUGUGCUGUAGAGUAUAUGAAACGAUUUGCUCUCUUCAAUGGGAUGUCUUUUCAGAAACAGUGUGAAGUGAUUCAUCGAUGUGCCCUUCCUUUAUCGAUGGCCGUUCUCUGCUUUGAAUCAGUCUUGAAUGGGCAUUCUGCUCUAAUGUUACCCGAUGGAAUCUCUCCUGUUUCUAUCUUGCCAACUGUGUUUUUCAAUGUCUGUGAUCCUUGGAGACGUGAACAAGUCGAUCAAACUGAAUAUCUUUUGUUGAAAGCUUUACUAUUCCAUGAAAUGAUGCUGCAAACUGAAACCACUACAGAAAUCAUCGAGGAUCGCGGGAAAUACGUCAAAUUUCUCUUCGAGUACCUCAAGAAAAAGGUUGGUCAAGCAGCCCCAUCUCGAAUGGCUUCACUAAUAGCAAUUUCUCAACAAUUAAUUACAAUCGCUAACAAACAUCGAGCUCAUGUUUUGGCCUCGGAUUCAAUAAGAGCUCGAAUCCAUGAGAGACUUGUCAGAGAGAUCAUUCUAAGGGAACCAAUUCUUGUUCCCAGACCUUAC